AUGGCUGGAGGGGCCAAAUACACUCGAGCUGUCACAGCCUGUGACAUACUAAAUGGCGCAUCCGACAAAAUAGGGGAACUAGUAGCAUUUUUCGAAAGGGAUCAGACAUCCCUUAUUGACGAGAUCAACCUAUAUGAAGAUCAACAAGACAUGCGGACUACCUUCCUUCGGAAGAGGCCAAACAGGGGUCGAAAUCCAACCAUAAGCGAGCUGUUCCAGCGCCUACUAGCUAUGAGAUUCCUAUCAGUAGCUUAUGAGGAUUGGCUGGAACACUCGUCAGGAAUACCUCCCAACAAAUGGUACCAUUCUAGGCGCCCUCCUAAUCAUGGCCUGUGCAGAACCUUUAUCCGCGAGCACCAGCUUCCUGACACAUCUCAAGCCCGUGGCUGGUUUGAAUGUGGCCAAAAGCUUCGCAGGAUUGAGCGGGAAGUCGGCAUACCAGGAAUCUCUGCAGUGAUGGUUCCAGUUUUACCAAAAUUUCCCCAUUUCUAUGAUUCGGAGAUAGGGAAUACUAUCCGGCUUCUAAAGAACGGUGCAUAUGCUGAUCUGCAAGGUCUUGCUGUGAAAUUAACAACCGAGUUUACGGGCUAUUGCAGUUUUACAAGGCAGCAACCGGUAACAAUGUCCGGCUAUACAUUGAAUUUAAUGGCUAACUCUUCUUAG